AAUUUGAAUUUCAAUUUCAAUCUAAAGAAAGAAGGAAGCAGUACUUGCCAUGGGAAUUCUUGAAAGGUUUUGGCUGGUCAUCCUUAUUGCAGCACCGUUAGCAGCAAUUGUAGCACAACCAGCUCCUAUUGCAAAACAUGGUUGUCCAGAUAGGUGUGGUAAUGUAAGUAUCCCAUAUCCAUUCGGUACAAGAGAAGGAUGUUACUACAAUGAAGAUUUUCUCAUAAGCUGCAAUGACACUUUUAGUCCCCCAUUAGCAUUUUUAUAUAAUAGUACUAUCAAUGUCAUCAACAUAACUCUUGAAGCGAAGGUGCAUAUAAUGAAAUUUAUAGCCCACGAUUGCUAUGAUAAGUUCGGUAAUCCAAUUAACGUCAGCGGUCGCAAUAGCUAUACCCAGCUCCAAUUGAAGUUUAACAGUAUUUAUACCAUCUCUUACACUGAAAAUCAGUUUGUCGCCGUUGGCUGUGAUACGAUGGCAGAUGUAACAGGUGUCGUCCAAGGGAAUGAAAGCUACACUGCAGGUUGCAAAACCAAAUGUGACAGCAUUAAUUAUGUAACCAAUGACACAUGUUCUGGUAUUGGCUGUUGCCAGAUAUCCAUUGCCAAAGGAAUGAGCUACAUCAAUAUAACAGUGAGGAGCUACGAAAGUCAUAAAAAAGUUUGGACAUUCAACCCUUGCAGCUAUGGCUUCGUCGUGGAUCAAAGUCAGUUCGACUUUUCUCCAAAAUUGCUUCGCGAAUUGAAAAAUGUUAGUAAACUCCCUAUGGUGCUUGAUUGGUCAAUUCGGGACGUCAAGGAUACAUGUGGUAAAACUGGAAAAGCAAAAGCAUGCCAAGGAAAUAGCUCUUGCUUUCCUGUUGAUAAUGGAUAUCGAUGCAAGUGCUCAAAAGGUUUUGAAGGAAAUCCAUACCUACCUAGUGGUUGCCAAGACAUAGAUGAGUGUUCACCCCCUAAUCGCAAUCCUUGUAAAGGAGGGAUUGGAGGCCUUGCGUUAUUCGUAGUAGUUGGCACUUGGCUGUUCUGGGGAUAUAAUAAAUGGAAGCUCAUCAAACUCAAACAGAAGUUCUUCAUGCAAAAUGGAGGUUUGAUGUUGCAACAACAACUAUCCAACCAUGAAGGAUCUGCAGAAACAGUUAAAAUUUUUACAGCUGAAGAACUCGAGAAAGCCACAAACAACUUUGAUGAUAGCGGAAUUAUAGGUCAAGGAGGUUAUGGGACAGUGUACAAAGGAACUCUUAGAGAUGGGAGAAUUGUUGCAAUCAAGAAGUCCCGUGUUAUUGAUCCAAGUCAAAAUGAGCAAUUCAUAAAUGAAGUGGUUGUUCUUUCACAAAUCAACCACAGAAAUGUGGUGAAGCUGUUAGGUUGUUGCUUAGAGACAGAAGUUCCAUUGCUAGUUUAUGAAUUCAUUAGCAAUGGCACUCUUCACCAUCACAUCCACAAUAAAAGUAAGGCUUCAUCAUUGACUUGGGAAAUCCGCUUAAGGAUAGCAACAGAGACUGCGGGAGUGCUAUCAUAUUUGCACUCUGCAGCCUCUACUCCCAUCAUUCAUAGAGAUAUAAAGUCUACAAACAUACUCUUAGAUGAUAGCUACACAGCAAAAGUAUCCGAUUUUGGUAUUUCAAGGUUGGUUCCACGAGACCAAGCUGGAAUAUCUACAGUUGUUCAAGGAACUAUUGGAUACUUGGACCCUGAAUACUUGCGUUCAAGCCAAUUAACAGACAAAAGUGAUGUUUAUAGCUUUGGAGUUGUCCUUCUUGAGCUUUUGACUGGAGAAAAGGUAUUUUCCUUUGACAGGACAGAAGAAGAGAGAAAUCUUUCCAUGUAUUUUCUUUCUGCAAUGAAAGACAAUUGCUUGGGAAAAAUUCUUGAUGGUUGUAUAGUGAAUGAAGCAAACAUUGAGCAACUUAAUGAGGUAGCUAACCUGGCAAGGAGAUGCUUGAGUGUAAAAGGGGAGGAAAGGCCUACAAUGAAGGACGUGGCUAUGGAAUUAGAGGGACUGAGAAGGAUGACAAAGCAUCCAUUGGCUAACGAUGCAUGGGAUGCAAAAGAGGUAGACUACUCGCUUGGUGAAACAUCUGAUAAAUCUGGUCAUGACUUUGAUGUUAGUGGUAGCAUGAAUGUCAUCUCCAAUACCUUUCCAGAUCAAGUAGGAUUUGCAGUUCACAGUGGGAGAUAACCAAAAGUUUCUUGGUGACUGGUUGAUGCCCAUCUAUUUUACUGCCUCAUAAAAUCCAAAAAAAAAAAAAAAAAAAAAAAGGGGGAAUGGAAGAGACCACAUCUUGCAGAUAGGAUUCUCUUCCUAAUUUUCAAUAUAUUGUCCUCGGUAUGUACCGUGUGAUAAAAGAGUGAAUUUUACUUAGAUCCUUAAUUGCUAAUAUUUUAAUUAUGUUAAUUGUAUUGGAGCCAUGUAAUGUAAUUUGUCUUUUUCUAUUUCAGUAGAUAGUGGCCAGAACCACAAGUUUAUACAAUAUAAGAAGCAAGUUCCAUAUAUCAGUAAAUGAUAUCAAAUGAA